AAGUCACAAUGUUCAUCUGAAAACAAAAAAACAUGAAGUCAAAGAAGCUCCAAAGCCUGUAAUGGAAGACAAGAAAGCGAACAUAAUCGCUACUCUAACCAUCUUAUCCCUCCUCCUCGUCAUAAUCGCCGCCCGUGUUUAUCUAAAACUCUCCAAACCCUUUUACCUCCUCGCCGGCGUCGACAUCUCAUUAAUCCUCGCCGUGUUCUGCUUCCUCGUAAUCCGAAGCCGUUACAACAGAGAGAGAAAGAACCUCGAGUCAAGAUACAUCUCAGAAGGCAGAGAGCUCAGAAUCGAGUACAGCUUCCUCCGAAAAGUCGCCGGAGUCCCGACCAAGUUCAAGCUCGAGGAUCUCGAAGAAGCCACCGACGGGUUCAGAGUCCAGAUCGGGAAAGGAGGAUCAGGCUCUGUGUUCAAAGGAGUUUUAAAAGACGGAAGCCAAGUAGCUGUGAAGAGAAUCGAAGGAGAAGAGAAAGGAGAAAGAGAGUUUAGGUCAGAGGUAGCUGCUAUAGCUUCCGUGCAGCACAAGAAUCUAGUUCGUCUUUACGGUUAUUCAUCGGUAAAUCGUUAUAGAUUCUUAGUCUACGAAUACAUACCAAACUCAUCUCUCGAUGUAUGGAUCUUCCCGGGAAAGAGAAGACUAGGAGGUUGCUUGACGUGGGACCAAAGGUACCAAGUUGCAAUCGAUGUAGCGAAAGCCCUAUCUUAUCUUCACAAUGAUUGUCGGUCCAAGAUCUUGCAUCUCGACGUUAAGCCGGAGAACAUUCUCCUCGACGAGGAUUAUAGAGCCGUGGUAACGGACUUUGGACUCUCCAAGCUUGUUGCUAGAGACGAGAGCCGAGUAGUAACGGAGAUUCGCGGCACGUGCGGGUAUCUAGCGCCAGAGUGGCUUCUAGAGCACGGUAUCUCCGAGAAGUCUGAUGUUUACAGCUACGGGAUCGUGCUCCUAGAGAUGAUAGGAGGAAGGAGAAGUAUAACGAGGGUGGAGAACAAGAGGACCAAGAAGAAGAAGUUGGAGUAUUUUCCGAGGAUCGUGAACCAGAAGAUGAGAGAGAGGAGAGUGAUGGAGAUUGUGGAUCAACGGUUGAUAGAAGCCAAGGAGGUUGGUGAUGAAGGGCAGGUGAUGAAGCUGGUGUGUGUGGCGCUUUGGUGUAUACAGGAGAAGGCUAAGAACAGGCCUGAUAUGGCUACGGUGGUUGAGAUGCUUGAAGGGAGAGUUACGGUGAAUGAGCCGCCGGAUUCUAAACUUGUUGUGGUCGAUCUUUUGGCGGCAGCUGGUGGUGGUGAUGAUGAUGUUGAUGAUGUGACUACAGGUGUAAGAAGGGUUGUGGAGAUGCCAAAAUUGCAUAUUCAGAGGGGGAGGCAUUUUCGUUUUCCGUCUGUUUGUUCUAGUAUCAUUUCUCCAGUUUCUCCACGUUAGAGUUUUGGUUUGUUUCUUCGUUUGAUAUGUUAAUAAGCACAACAAAACAUAACCGGAACCUACUCUUUGUUUAUAUUUGGUUUUGUUCAAGUCUAAAACUUAGAUUGCUUAGUGUUUUA